AUGAGCAAAUUGCGCGAUGGGCUCUUGAGCAAGUUCUUUCCUCUGCAGAUGGCGGAUGGUAAGGAGGUCUUGGCGAGAAUUCCAAACCUGAAUGCCGGCCAUUCUCAUUAUGGUGUUGCUAGUGAAGUAGCAACUCAACGAAAUGGCAGUUUGUAUUAUGGGGACAGGUUCCCGUCGGGGAGGGGCAUUGAUACUCUAUACGGCCUGGAUGACGAAUUACAGUCUAAAUAUGUUUUCGGCCCGGCAAUUCAGCGGUCCUAUUGGAUAGAUGACAAGCCUUUCAUUAAACUUGACAACGCAGGGGAAACGGCGCUGGAGUAUCUUGCAGCCGUGGCAAACCGUGAGAUCGUCCGUAUACGGAAUGCACAUAGCAACCCCAAGCACGCCACUGUAUGUCUGGAGAGGACAUGUCAGGGACGAGACGUACAUGUACAGCUUCUUAAGCAAUUUCUGAUUGUGUUUGCUCAUAUAAUCCUAUCAGAUGACACCCGUUCCCCGAUCAUGCUACAUCAUGACCUUCACGCGGAUAAUAUAUUCAUCCGGAUGGACAUGAUCCUACUCAUACACACAGCGCCCUUAUUACUUACGGCAAAGUUUCCCUCAAUAUUUCAUUGCGAGGACGAGAGGCUCAGACUGGAGACAUUUUACGAACUCGCCUCCCGGAAAUUCAACCCGGCUCUUGUUCAUGCUAUGGACCAAUUAAGAGAUAAUAAUGACGCUACAAGUUUCAUAUUGCACAUUCUCAGUAAGACCUCCAAAAACGGCCCAUUACCCUCAGAAGAGCUGUUGAUACAGGUGUAUGAGAAGUGGGACGCAAUCAUUGGAUGGGUCUCACAUGAUGACUACCGACAGCCAAAAAGAAGGAUGGAGAACGAGAAAACAUUGGAGGUUUUGCGAAAACAAUCAGAAGCGUUAAUGUUAAUGAUAUAG